GUUUGUUGAUGGAUGUUUGUAAAGUAGACCAUUGAUUCAAGUGGUGAAUCCAUGGAAAUCCUAAAAAAAAAUUUUACUCAAAAUGAUAAGCUAGACGAAUUUAAAAUUCAGACAGAAUAAUUUAAUCACAUGAUGUCCUUUUAUAAUGUCACAAUCAAAAAUUUAAUAUAAAUUAUUCAAGCAAAUUAUCCUGACAAAUGCAAUCACAGCCUAUUUUGUAAAAUGAUUGCAAUCACUUAGAUAAUGGAACACAAUUUCAUAAUUCUUAGUUCAAACGAAUCAUAGCAAUGGAUAGGACUAAAAAUUUAAGUUUAUUUUGGAGUAUUUUAAUACACUUCGUCAUUGUUAGCGGGAAGGAUAUCAAUUUAGUUUUCCUUGUGGAACCAGUACAAAAUGACAUAGUCAGUGAUAUAUCUGCUACCAUACAAGAUGUCGAGCAAUUUCACUAUGGCAAAAAACUAAAGGACAACGUUUUAGUUGUUACAGGAGAUACCAAAAAUGAUAUCGAAAAUCUUUGCAACAUUUUAUCCGAAAAUGUUGCCUUUGUAAUUGACUUCAGCUAUCAGCCAUGGAUGGAAAGCUCUGAAUUCAUGAACAGUAUUCCCUACAUUCGUGUUGAUUUAAUUAUUUCACCAUUUUUGAAGAUUUUUGCAAAUUUUCUUAAAGAAAAGUCAGCUAAUGAUGUUGCUUUAAUAUUCGAAAAUGAACAAGAUACUGAAGAAGCUCUUUAUCGUAUCGUCCAAGGAUAUCCAUUUCGAGUGGUUCUGGUCAAUUCUGCAGAGAAUGAUUUUAUAAAACGUUUGGAAAAUCUACGACCAACUCCUUCAUAUUUUGCUAUUUUUUCGAAAACAGCGAAUAUGAAUUUGAUUUUUGAAAAUAUUCAAAAAGCAAAAAUAUUUUCACGACCUAAAGAAUGGCAUUUUAUAUUCUUGGACUCUGAAGAAAAUAAUUUCAAGUACAAUGAGCAAGUUGAGAAUUCAACGAAGUUUAGUAUUAAUGCAAAAGAAUUAUGUGAGGCAUUGGAAAUGCAAGAAAACUACUGUGCAUCAGAAUUGAAGAUACAAAAAGCUAUCCUUUUGGAAAUAAUGAAAAGCAUUCAAAAGUUUUCAGAAGCCACAGAUAUGAAAGAAAUUGAAAAAUUUUCCUGCUACAAGUCAAUACCCUAUCUAACUGAUUUUGACUUUAAACCUCAGCUCAAAUUAUCCAAGUUUUUGACACUUGAAAAUAACCUUCUUUCUUAUGACCUUAAUAUGUCGAUUAACACUUUUUCAAAUGAUCCUGAAACAAAGACAAACGUAGCUAUCUGGCAAGCUGGAGAACUUAAGAAAAUUAAUGCAACUAUAAGUUCGGCAAAACGAUUUUUUCGCAUUGGAACUGCUGAGUCCUUACCAUGGAGCUAUUAUAAAACAGACGAUAAAACUGGAGAACUCUUAUUUGAUGAAAAUGGCAAACCAGUAUGGGAAGGAUAUUGUAUUGAUUUCAUUGAAAUUCUUUCAAAAUAUAUGAAUUUUGAAUAUGAACUUGUUCCACCAAGGAGUGGUUUGUUUGGAAACAGGCUACCCAACGGAAGUUGGGAUGGAGUUGUUGGAGAUUUGGUUACUGGAGAUACUGAUUUUGCUGUUGCUGCAUUAAAAAUGACUUCUGAACGUGAAGAAGUUAUCGAUUAUAUAGCACCGUAUUAUGAACAAACAGGAAUAUCAAUAGUUAUUCGUAAAGCAGUUCGACAAACGUCCUUAUUCAAAUUUAUGACAGUCUUACGAUUAGAGGUUUGGCUUAGUAUUGUUGCUGCCUUGGUUGCGACUGCUAUAAUGAUAUGGUUACUGGAUAAAUAUUCACCUUAUAGCGCUAAGAACAAUAAAGAUGCCUACCCUUAUCCUUGCAGAGAAUUCACUUUGAAGGAGAGUUUUUGGUUUGCUUUGACUUCUUUUACACCACAAGGUGGUGGUGAGGCUCCUAAAGCUAUUUCUGGACGCGUUUUAGUAGCAGCCUAUUGGUUAUUUGUUGUUCUGAUGUUGGCAACAUUUACAGCCAAUUUAGCUGCUUUUCUAACAGUUGAGCGGAUGCAAACCCCGGUUCAGUCUUUGGACCAACUUGCUCGACAAUCGAGAAUCAAUUAUACGGUUGUUGAAGGCUCUGAUACGCAUAGCUAUUUCAUAAACAUGAAAUACGCUGAGGACACCUUGUAUCGGUUAUGGAAAGAAUUGUCUCUGAAUGCAACCAGCGACCAAAGACGUUACAGAAUUUGGGACUAUCCAAUCAAAGAACAAUACGGACAUAUUUUACUUGCAAUCAACUCUUCGAUUCCAGUAAAAGACGCUGCUGAGGGUUUUCGAAAAGUAAACGAGCAUGAAAACGCAGAUUUUGCCUUUAUUCAUGAUUCAGCUGAGAUAAAAUAUCAAAUUACAAAAAAUUGUAACCUAACUGAGGUCGGAGAGGUCUUUGCUGAGCAACCAUAUGCAAUAGCUGUUCAACAAGGCAGUCAUUUAUCGGAUGAAAUAAGUUAUGCAAUAUUGGAAUUACAAAGGGAUCGUUAUUUUGAAGGACUUUCAGCAAAAUAUUGGAAUAAUUCAUUAAAUAAAGAAUGUUCCCGGUCGGAAGAUGAAGAAGGCAUAACUUUGGAAAGUUUGGGUGGUGUUUUUAUAGCAACAUUAUUUGGUUUGGCUUUAGCUAUGAUAACUUUAGCAGCUGAAGUUGUUUAUUAUAAGAAAAAGAACAAAAAUAAUGGAGGAAGUGAUAAGAUUGGUGUGAUUAAGGAAGUUAAGCCGAUUAAUUCAAUUGCAGGAUCAACACCACCACCAACUUUUGAGGUAGCUACAUUUCGUGGGAGGAAGAUACCGGAUAGGAUUACACUGGGAGAUGAAUUUAAACCUGUUAUUAAGAGAAGAGAAAAGCUUGGAAAUUUUGUUCCACAGUCAAAAGAUUUUACACCAAAGUACUAUGAGUAAUUAAUUUAAAGUGAAAACAUAUUUAAUAGACUAAAGUAUAUGCACUAAAGAGAUGCACUUUAAAAUUAAAUCAUGCACACAAAAUUAAAGGACGUUGUUAAUAAAAUCUGAAAAAAAAA